GUUUCGUGCGCGUCGAAAGCAACUCAACCAACCAACCAACCGAGCACAACUCAAAUCUCUCGCCUUCUAACGGUUUAAAAACAUUUUUCAAAUAAGAUAUUUUGUUAUCUCUUUUAAAUCACAUCUGAGUCCAACUUGUUCAAGUAAAAACGUUAAAAACAAAAUUAAUUAUUGCAUUUUCAUUCAAGUAUUUUGCAUUUACUGUGGAAAACGAUAUUGCUGUUUGUGCAUCUUUUAAUUGGAAAAGUUUUAAAGCACUUUUUACGUGAGUUUUUCCCGUGCUUUCAGUUUUAUUUAAAGUAAAACAAAAGCGUAUGCAAAUUAUCCCGUGCAGACAAAUCUGACAAAUACAGUUUCGGUUUCUGUUCCAGUUUCAGUACUGAUAACUCAUAUUUAUUUUUAUCAAAUCGACGUAUCGCGUUGUAAACGGUAAACGUGCGUAAAUCAAAUUUGCAUUCAAUAUAAUUGUCGCAUUAGCUGACAACAACGACAGAAAAUCCGCAAAUAGAUAAUACACCUAAAUCAAAAAUGAUGCACUCCAAGUCACAGCUGAGCUACGGCUGCGCUUUGGUCGUCUUCAGCUUAAAUCUGUUAAUGCUUCAACAUUCCAGCGCUGAGCUAACCGCAGUUCAAGGUGCUCCCAUCAACAAUCUGUAUGAUAAUCUGCUGCAACGUGAAUACGCCGGUCCCAUUGUCUUUCCGAAUCAUCAAGUGGAGCGCAAGGCACAACGUUCACCAUCGUUACGUCUACGUUUUGGACGCAGCGAUCCAGAAAUGCUGAAUAAUAUUGUGGAAAAACGUUGGUUCGGGGAUGUCAAUCAGAAGCCCAUUAGGUCGCCAUCGUUGAGGCUGCGAUUUGGUCGACGCAGCGAUCCCAACUUGCCACAGAUGCGACGCACACUCUACGACGAUCUUCUCGAGCGUGAAUUGAAUCUGAACAGCCAGCAGAUAAAUCAAGCAGUUAAUGGUGGUGAAGCGGAGGUCUCUGAUGAUUAUGAUGCCGCCUUUGAGCGUGAGGUGCGUAAGCCUCAACGUUUGCGUUGGGGACGUAGUGUGCUCAACGUUGUGCUGGACCGUGCGGACAAAGAUCAGCGCGAACGUGCUCAAUUGGAACGCGAGUGGCAAAAGUGGCAAAACAUGACCCGUUGGUUGUUGGCGUUGCAACAACAGUAUGAUACCUCUGUUGCCGAACGUGCUGUUGGUUCUUCCGAGGAUAUUGAUGAGGAUCAGGAUGAGGACAAUUCCGAGUACCAGUUCCAGCGUGAGGCACGUAAACCAAUGCGUUUGCGCUGGGGACGCAGCACUGGCAAAGCUCCUAAUGAACCGAAGUUGCCGCUAGCUGCUGAGACUGCGUCGAUCGCACCAAAGACACAAAACUAAAUUUUACCACCUUUUAUAACUUGAUAUGAAAAUGGACUCGGAACACAUGGACAACAAGACAAUUAAUAAUGACAACAACAGCUGAGCCGAAU